CGGCCGCCGCGAUGUGAGGCGGCGGAGGCGGAAGGCGCUGCCCGCAUGGCCGCGGGUGGCGGCGGCAGGAAUGUCCCGCUGUGCAGCGCCGAGCACGGCCCCCGCGCCGCCCAGCGCGACGGCAUGAGGAGGGAUGGCGGCGGGGACCCGUACUGGUCCAGGCCCGAGUCCCGCGUCUGGACGGUGAUGCUGCUGCUGGGGACAUGCCUGCUGUACUGCGCCCGUGUCACCGUGCCCGUCUGCGCCGUCGCCCUCAGCACCCACUUCGACUGGGACAAGAAGCAAUCCGGCAUAGUGCUCAGCAGCUUCUUCUGGGGCUACUGCUUGACACAGAUUGUUGGAGGACAUAUCAGUGAUCAAAUAGGAGGGGAGAAAGUCCUUCUCCUCUCGGCAUCAGCCUGGGGGUUCCUCACGGUCAUCACCCCGCUGCUCACUCACGUCACGUCUGCCCAUCUGGUUUUUAUGACCUCCUCCAGGUUCCUCAUGGGGCUGCUGCAAGGGGUGUAUUUCCCGUCCCUGGCCAGCCUCCUGUCCCAGAAGGUCCGGGAGAGCGAGCGAGCCUUCACCUACAGCACAGUGGGGACUGGCUCCCAGUUUGGGACGCUGGUGAUCGGCGGUGCAGGAUCUCUCCUCCUGGACUGGUACGGCUGGGAGAGCGUCUUCUACUUCUCCGGUUUGCUCACUUUGCUCUGGGUUUACUGCACCUGCAAGUACCUCCUGGGCGAGAAGGAACUCACCAUCCCCGUAGACUAUUUAGUGAGAGGCCUCUCCAUAUCCAAGCAGACCAAAGUGCCCUGGAAGCAGCUGUUCAAGAAGGCGCCGAUAUGGGCUGUCAUCAUCGCUCAGCUUUCUACGGCCAGCACGUUUUUCACUCUCCUUUCCUGGCUGCCGACUUUCUUUAAGGAAACUUUCCCCGACUCAAAGGGCUGGGUGUUUAACGUAGUCCCCUGGCUGGUUGCGAUUCCGACAAGCUUGUUCAGCGGAUUUCUCUCUGAUCAUUUAAUCAACCAGGGGUACAAAACCAUCACCAUUCGUAAGUUCAUGCAGGUCAUUGGCUCCGGCGUCUCAAGUAUUUUUGCUUUGUGCCUGGGCCAGACGUCCAGUUUUUGCAAAGCGAUCGUGUUUGCCUCCGCCUCUGUUGGGCUUCAGACCUUUAACCACAGUGGCAUUUCAGUAAACGUACAGGACCUGGCCCCCUCGUGUGCUGGCUUGCUGUUCGGCGUUGGGAAUACAGGCGGAGCCCUCCUAGGUGUCAUUUGCGUGUACUUGGCUGGCUACCUGAUUGAGACAACUGGCUCCUGGAUUUCUGUUUUCAACCUGGUGGCUGCUGUUAACAGCAUUGGCCUCUGUGCCUUCCUCGUGUUCGGAGAGGCCCAGAGGGUGGACACAGACUCUGCGUAUAUGGACCUCUAGAGAUGAGUCCAGCAAGCAGCCGAGGAACAGGAGAGUGUCACGUCUGUGUGUCAUUGUCGCACAAGUGCCAAAGAACUUUUUUUUUUUUUUUAAGGUGUUUACCAGGAAAAAGUAUACUGAGACCGAGUACAUCAUGGGUCUGGAGGAGACCCAUGGGAGAAAAGAAAUUUAGAGUUCAUUUUUUGCUCAGGGCAUAGCUGAUGGCCUGCAGAGCCGUUCAGCUCGACGUCUCCAGUGAAGAUACGGCCUGUGUGACCAGUUUGCCCCAGUCCGUGUCUAAUGGACAAAUAUCCAUGUGGCCAAAGCAGCUCACCUGGCUUGUCUCCAAGGGGAGCCGGGGUUUGCGUGCUCUGCCCCGCAGAGGGGAGCUGCUUUGCCGUGCCGGGAGCGGGUGCCUCCAUGGUCUGUGGCCGCAGGGAGGGUGGCCGGCUCUCAGGCAACACGUGUCCUCUGAGCUACAUGGAAGGAAUAACCCAAACAAACAUACCUCUGACCUUAACCCUCCCUCACGUGCCUUCAUCCUGCAGUCUGCUCCACAGGUACAAGCCAGGUGUACAAGAGAAAGGGUGGUGAGAUGAAUUCAAGGCUUCCCUUCAGGGCAAGUCUUCUGGCUGGAUGUCUGCCGCGGACGCAGGGCCAUGAGGCUGCAUCAAUACUGCCUUCACAGCGCCGGAGCUGAGCCGGGGGGCUGCAGAGCGGAACGCUCAAACCAGCAGAGCCCAUCUUUGCUCAAGGGCAGAGCUCAAGGGGUCCCUCCUCUGCCGGGUCGCUUUACUCCAGCCCUGAGCCGAGGCUGACCACCUCCAUCGCGAGAGCAGAGCGCUGCAGUCGCCCGGGGCCAGGCUCGGCUGGGCUGACCUCGCCGCGUAGGUGCCGCCGAGGAACCCCCCGGAGCUGCUUUGCCGCGUGCUGGGAAUGCGUGGGAAGAGCAGGUCCCGCUCUGCGCUACGGAUCUAAACUCCCGAACGCUUUCUGCUCGAUUAGACGCGUCCUCCGCGUGCUCCCAAAGGGACACUGGAGACUUCCCAAAGAGCCUGCAAUGGGCAGGUUUGGUUUCUACGUUAAGCGUAAAGCAAAUUUCUGCGCUGGGGAUCCAUAGUACUGGAUGUGGAUCCCGGCGGUUCCCUGUGUCAGAGGGAAGUACUCGGCUGCACGUGCCUCUGAGCCUGAAUGUCUUAAAUUAUUUAUAAAUAUUUUUAAAUUUACGUACCAAAUCCUAUAUUUUAUGUAUUUGAGGCCUGAUUCUGCAUGCCUAUUUUGAGUGGUACUCCCACCAAACCCCACAGUAUUUCUAGAAGGGAAGGAUUUACCAGCCUACAGUUUCUGGUUUUGUAGGAUCUAUUUUAAAUGCGACAUUUCGUAUUAAAGCAAUUCAUUGCUUUUCCUCCCACCCCUUGCUUGCAGCCUGAAAGGAUCUUUUUGAUGUCUCUGGUGCUUACCAGAAAACUUCAGCUGAAGCUUGGGACCAGAUUUCCCAAGGCGCCUCGCCGUGCAGGAAAGCUAUAGGUUCAGAUUAAUUGUUCUUAAAAAAAAUAAUAAUGAUUAUCCCCUGCUUCUCCUUUUGUUUUGGCCAAAUUUCUUCUUGGAAGAUAAGUCGGAGCUGUGUUAAGUUUCUGGAUUGCUGGGUUUAUAGUGAAGAUAUUGACAGCCUUUUAAUUGCAGAGACACUAAUGGGUGCCACUGAGCUAAGCUGGGCUACUCAUUGGGGCGUUAGGGGAUACAGAUGCAACUGCCUGAUGGCUUCACAAGAAAAUAUAGGAUUGCUGUGGCUUGACUGGGGGCCAGAGAGAUAAAAUAUUUUUUUUUUCCUCCUUCUGUGCUUUUUUCCCCUAAAAGGCUGGUUGCUUCCAUAGGUACAAGUCUGUACCUGGGGUGCGGAGCCAGGACACACGGACGCUGCUGGGAAGCCUCUUAAAAUCAGCGGGUAAAGGGGGGAGGGCACAGAGCAAACGCCACCCAGGCUUGCCAAAGAGGCCCGAGGCUCUGCAGGCUUCUCUGCCAGCCUCGUCCCUCCUCCAGUGCGAGCAGAUGAUUUGCAGGGAUUUUUCUAUAACCACAUAGGAAAAAGAAAAAAAGGGUGGGUUUUGGUUUUUUUUUUUCUUUUUGCAUCUUCCCAUGCCAUUCGGCGUUGCAGGUCAGGAGCGCGAGGAGGGAAUUCUGGUUCUCUUUGCUGGUUGCACCAUUUCUCGUGGAAGAGUUGGUGAGUUUAAAUCAGUCACAUUCGAACCAGGCAGCUUGGCCACCCCUUGGCUCCGCAAGCUGGGAAGUCUGGAACUAAGAUCUUCAAAGGGAAGUCAGCGCUGCUGGCGGUGCCUUCCCUGUAAAUCCAGCUAACGCUUUGGUGGGCGGUCCGGAUUGUCUGGCUCUGUAAACGGGCUCAUAAGUUAAAUAUUUGAAGUACAUUUGAGACUUAGAUUUCGUUAUGUUCGUACCUCUGCGGCGAAGUAUUGAAACCAUUUCACGUAGCUGUACUAUUAUUUGUUUAAGCAACCUUGCCAAAGCUUGCUGUCUGAGAGUUUUUGUUAUGGAAGGACCUAAAACAAUAAAG